UUUUUAACUUUUAUGAUUUAGGUUGUAUUAUUUGGGCUUGCAUUUGUCUGCUUGAUUUCAUUUUUGUUUCCAUUCUCCCCAUCUUUUGUUUCUGUAGUCGCUAACUUAUUUGUUAACAUCAGCCAAAAAAGAAAUUGAACUAAUGUCAGAAGAGCUGAGGGGUCUGAAAUCAGAGAAGCAGCUUCUUGCACAGGAGGGAAAUGAUCUAAAGUUAGAAAAAGGUUCACUUUUAUCAAAACUUGUAGAGGUGGAGGCCAAAAUAACUUUACUUCAGGAAGACCAACAGAAACUGUGGUCAGUAAACGAAACUCUUAAUUUAGAAAAGGGGAAAGUCUUAGAAGAGAAGCAAGAUGCUGAAAGGUGUUAUCAGCAGGAACACCUUGAUAAAGAAGCUUUGGCUAUUGAGAGAGAGAAAUUGCUUAAAGAAAUCAAUAUUGCACAGGAAGAACUCUUAAAGAUAAACAUGGAAAAUGACUCUUUGCGAGCAUCUAAGAUGAGCAUGCAGGUACUCAUUGAAGAGCUACAGUUCAGCAAAGAUACUUUGAUUGUGGAGUUCAAGAAAGAUCUAGAAGAAAAAGAUCACCUGGAGGAUCAGAUCAAGAAACUUACUGCUGAAAACCUUGUCUUAGCUAAAGAUAAGGAUGACAUUAUUCAAAAGCUUCAGAGCUCUUAUGAAGAGCUAGUUAAAGAUCAGAAAACUUUGGCACAGGAGAUCGAAGAUCUCACAGCCGAGAAAAAGUUAGCUUUAGAGAAACAGUCAAGCCUUGAUAGCAUGUGCAUAGCCUUAAAGAUAGAACGAGACAAUCUUCUUCAGAACAACAGAGAUCUGCAAUUUGAGAAGGACGUGCUGCUUCAAAACGAGGAAAAGCUGAACACCAGCCUGGAGGCUGCCCUCCAGGUCAAACAGUUGCUUCGCACGGAAGCCAGUGGGCUCCACGAACAGCUGGAUGAUGCCAGCAAAGCUCUGAGAAAGGCAGAGCUGGAGAUGGUGCAGCUCCAGGCCACAAACACGAGCCUCACGAAGCUUCUAGAAGAGAUUAAGGCCAGUCGGGCAAUCACAGACUCUGAAUGCAUCCACCUUCUACAUGAGAAAGAAACCUUGGCCGCCUCUGAGAGGAGACUUUUGGCUGAAAAAGAAGAACUUUUAAGUGAAAAUAGGAUCAUUACUGAAAAACUCAACAAAUGCUCAGAAGAUGCUGCCCAUACUGAGAUGAACUUGAACGAGAAGAUCACUUAUCUAACUUCUGAGAAGGAGGUGGUCUGUCAGAAAAUUACUAAGCUUAAAAAACAGCAGGACAGUCUCUUGAAAGAAAAAUCUGCAGUGGAGAUGCAAAAUAGAGAUUUACUUGCAGAGAGAGAAAAUUCCAUCAAAGGCAUAGGCGACCUUAAAAGGAAAUAUGAUCAAGAGUCUGCGAAUAGAAGAAUAAUUGUGCAUGAGAAGAUGAAACUACUUGGUAAUAUUGAUGCUCUGAAGAAAGAGCUUCAAGAGAGAAAAAAGGAAAACCAAGAACUAGCGGCCAGCAAAUGUGAUCUUUCUUUUAUGCUGAAAGAGGCGCAAAAUGCCAAAAAGAAUCUAGAAAAAGAACACACUAACGUACUGCAUGCAAAGGAGAGUUUGGAUGCAGAACUUAAGAGUUGUUGUUCUGAAAAGAACAUUUUGCUGAGGGAUGGCUUGAACCUUCAAGAAGAGUGUCAGAAAUUAAAUGACGAGAUGCACAAAAUGCAGCAGUCCUUAAUCCUGGAACAAGAAGCCAGAGCAAAGGAGAACGAGGCAUCCUUGUAUGAAAAAAAUAAACUUCACGGGAGAAUAGUGCUCCUGGAGCAGGAGGUGGAAGAGUUAAAAGUGUGUACUGGGGAGCUCAAAUCUGAGAAUUUUCUACUGAUCCAAGAGAAGACCAAAUCAGAGCAAAAGGUGGUAGAGAUAAUUAAGGAAAAGGAAGUCUUGAGUGCAGAAACAGCUCAACUUGCUGCCAAAAUAGAGACUCUGAAAAGUGAUUUUGCUGCCUUGUCCAAAUCCAAGUUAGAAUUGCAAGAACUGCACAGCUACCUCACCAAGAUUCUGGAUGACCUUCGGCUGAACCAUGAGGUGACCUUGGCCGAAAGAGCCCAGGUGAUACAAGACAACAAGAACCUUCUCACCGAAAAGAGAGAAAUCAUGGUGGAAAAGGACAAGCUUCUAAAAGAAAAAGAAAACCUGGCAGAAAGCUACUUUCUUCUUCAGAAAGAGAUUAGCCAAUUGGCCAAAACCAACAGCCAUAUUUCAGCCAAUCUCCUAGAAUCGCAAAAUGAAAACCGUACAUUGAGGAAAGACAAGAGCAAGCUUACCCUUAAAAUUAGAGAGCUCGAGACUCUUCAGUCAUUUACGGUAAAGUGAGAGGUUCAAGUAUUGAGCACCUGGACUCCUUACUAACACUGUGCACUAACUUUAGUGGUUUAGGUGAUAUUUUUUCAUUUCUGCUUAUGGAAAUCCACCCUAUUGAAUCAGUUGCUUGGAUGUCUCAAGCUGUUUAUUACAGUGUGUCUA